CCUUCUCACAGUCGUAAUGGCGAUCCCGUUGCAGGUGGAGUGUGUUUGUGUUUAGUGCGCGUUCCGUUCCGUUCGAUUUGCUGGUGUUGAAUUCCCAUUUUUUUUCGGUUCGGUCGAGGAGAAAACAGUCAGGAAAAGUAAAAACCUCCCACGGCGGUUUCCAUCCGUACGAAACUUCAAUUAUUAUUAGUACCACGGUAUAUUUCUCACCCGAACUGGCACUCGAUGCUGAAAAAGCCUAAACACGUCCAGCUAGAACAGAACAGGCGAACGAUUAUAAGUGAUAAACCAGCUGUUACUUCCAUCCCGUCCGGAUCGAUGCAACAAGUGCGGAAGUGAAAAACGAAAAGUGAUCGCCUCCUCGGUUCUUCGAGUGCAAACAGGCUAUUGAACGCCCACCAGCAAUUACCGAAAAACUAAUCUCCCCGAAGGGGGUUUGUAUCGAGUAUCGCACCAAGCCGACCGAGCUACCAUGCUUCCCACCUAUCAAAGAAUCAGUGGAAGCCAACAAUCCAAUCCGCUACUGGCGGUGCGGCGAUCGUUCCGAUCCAGCGAAAAGUGUCUGAUUCUGUUGGUGCUGCUCACGUUCGGUUUCGUCUGCUUCGGAGGAUUCUUCUUUCUGCCGGACAAUUUCGGUGCCGAGCGGGUACUGAAAGUGUACAAACAGUUCCAGCGGGCCGGGCCGGAAAUUUUCAUCCCACCGCCACCACCAGCCCACGGUCUGGACGGGGACGAGGAUCUCCACAAGCUGAGCGAUCGGGAAAAAUUGCAGGAAAAGAUUCAGAAGGAACUGCCGGAUGAUUUUCUGGAGAAACCGGAUCUGGAUCUAUCGGGCAGUCGAACCGAGGGUCCGGAGUUUGAUAAUAUGAUCGAUUCGGGGGUACCGGCAGCGGUUGGACCGAUUGCUGGUGGUCCGGCUGGGGUGGUGGCUCCACCGCAAAUAAUAGACGAACCGGAGAUCAAGAGCCCGUCCAAAGCGUCCACCGGAAGUGCGGGAUCAAAUGCGUUCAAUGCGCUCGUAGGUGAAGAUCCCGAUCCGUUGGUGCGCGAAAAGAGGAACAAGGUGAAAGAGAUGAUGAUGCACGCCUGGGACAGCUACAAACUGUACGCGUGGGGUAAGAACGAACUGAAGCCGAUCAGCAAACGGGGCCACUCGGGCAGCAUCUUCGGAGCCUUCGAUCUCGGGGCGACCAUCGUGGACGGUCUGGAUACCCUGUACCUGAUGGGACUGCACAAGGAGUUCGACGAGGGACGCGACUGGGUCGAGCGAAAGUUCACCCUGGACGGGGUCGGAAUCGAUCUGUCGGUGUUCGAAACGAACAUCCGGUUUGUCGGUGGAUUUCUGACCUGUUACGCAUUUACCGGCGAUCGGUUGUUCCUGGAGAAGGCUAAAUACGUCGCGGAUAAGCUGCUUCCGGCGUUCCAGACCCCGACGGGGAUCCCGUACGCGCUGGUCAACGUUAACAGUGGGCCCAAAACAUUGCUCGAGCGGGUUAUCAGUCAUGUAGAAAUCUUUUUUGUCAAUCUGUUCUAUAAGAUCAGCAAAAACUAUGGCUGGGCCAGCGGCGGCAGCAGCAUUCUGUCCGAGUUCGGCACUCUGCAUCUGGAAUUUUCCUAUCUGAGCGAUGUGACGGGCGAUUCCGUCUACCGGGAACGCGUUCAGGCGAUCCGGUCGGUGCUGAGGGAAAUCGAAAAACCCAAGGGACUGUAUCCGAACUAUCUGAACCCGAAAACGGGCAAAUGGGGACAGCAGCACAUGUCGCUCGGUGCCCUGGGGGACAGUUUCUACGAGUACCUGCUGAAGGCGUGGAUCCAAUCGGGACACGAGGACAAUGAAGCGCGCGAGAUGUACGACGAUGCGAUGCAGGCGAUCAUACAGCACAUGAUCAGAACGAGUCCGGGUGGGUUGACGUACGUGUCGGACUUGAAGUUUGAACGUUUAGAACACAAGAUGGAUCACUUGGCAUGCUUUGCAGGUGGUCUUUUCGGUCUCGGUGCAACGACGCUGUCGAACCAGUACUCGGAGAAAUACAUGGAAAUCGGAGAAGGUAUUACCAACACUUGCCACGAGAGCUACGUCCGGACGUACACUCGAUUAGGACCGGAAGCAUUCCGCUUCAACGACGGAGUCGAAGCCAAAGCACUGAAAACAGGGGAGAAAUAUUACAUUCUACGUCCAGAGACAUUCGAGAGCUACUUUAUCAUGUGGAGAUUGACGCACGAUCAGAAAUAUCGUGACUGGGGAUGGGACGCAGUGCAGGCACUCGAAAACCACUGUCGGACGCCAAAUGGCUUUAGCGGGUUGAAGAACGUCUACCUGACGGAACCACAAAAAGACGACGUGCAACAAAGUUUCUUCCUGGCAGAAACGCUCAAGUACCUCUAUCUUCUUUUCUCGGAUGAUUCCCUACUGCCGCUAGACGAGUGGGUUUUCAACACUGAGGCACAUCCGCUGCCUGUCAAAGGCCGUAACCCUCUAUUCCGACCGGCAGCUACCUCUAGUUCACCUUGAAUUGAUCUGGCACGCUACACCACUACUACUAUAACUACUACUACUACAACCAACUAUUCGACACCGUUAGAAUAGUUAAUAAGUCACUUUGGUCACUAUCCGGCGGAUGCGUGAGUAUGUGUUUGACGUGAUGAUUUGAGUAUGUGUAGGCAUUUGUGACCAAGAUCUUCCUCGAUUGUUUGGAGGGAGCGAUUCCUUACUAUUUAAAGAGAAAAAAACUAGCCAGUUUGACUGUGUUUUGCUGCGCGCGCGUGCGAGGUGAACUACUGAAGAGUCAUUUUUGUGAAUGGAAAAAAUGUAGCCUUUACAGUAGAGGGAACAGGCGCGAACAGGUUGAUUUUGUUUCGAAUGAUUGUAGUUAAUUAUAUAGGAAAGAUUUAUAUAUAUAACAAAUAAUUGUGAUGAAACCCACUAAUUUAUCGGAGACGACAAUUGUUCUGUACAGAAUAUAAUUGAUAUUAGUUGAAGAGAGAGAAACUACACUA